AAACAUGAAACAUGGCUGCUUUAGACGAAAUAAAACGUCUUGAGUAUUUAUCUUUGGUGUCAAAAGUGUGCACGGAGUUGGAGAAUCAUCUGGGAAUAUGCGAGAAAGACCUGGCUGAAUUUAUCAUCAACCUCGCCGAAAAACACACAACCUUUGAGGAAUUUAAGACAGCUCUGUGUGAAAAUGGAGCUGACUUUACUGAAACCUUUAUUGCCAAUUUACUUCGACUUAUUCAAACUAUGCAGUCUUCACCAUCUACAAGUAAUGCUCAUCAGCCAAGGGGUGAAAAGGACGAGUUGAAAGAGAAAUAUCCCGCUCUUUGUAAACCAGAUGAUCCUGUGUGGAGGAUUCCACCCCGCAACACAGCUAGAGGCGAUGAGCAGGUAGCAGCAGCCGCCAUGAAGGAGCUGGAGAUGCUCAUGCCUAACUUCUGUGGAACAAGCUCUGAUAAUGGGUCAGACCAAAAGUUGCACAGUGACGGAGGUCAAAACACAGACAGACAAGUUGGUGGUCAUCGCAGUCGUUCGCCUGACAGAGAAACAAUCCCAAAACCAAAAAGGAAACGUCGAUGGAGUGACAAUCCUCCGAGCCCUCAGAAAGACGAAGGCAACAACAACCAGAAAGACUCUCGCUUGCGAGAUACAGCUGUAGAUCGGCCUCCACCAGAGGAGCCGGUUGUGGGCGACAUCUACAACGGAAAAAUCAGCAGUAUUAUGCAGUUUGGCUGCUUUGUGCAGCUAGAGGGCCUCAGGAAACGCUGGGAGGGCCUGGUGCACAUCUCAGAGCUGCGCAAAGAAGGACGGAUAGCCAAUGUUGCUGAUGUUGUUACCAAAGGCCAAAAGGUGAAGGCUAAAGUCCUGUCCUUCACUGGAACUAAAGCCAGCCUUAGCAUGAAGGAUGUGGACCAGGGGACCGGGGAGGACCUGAACCCCAACCGGAGAAGAAACCUGGACCCUGUGGUCGGAGAGGAGGCCCUGAGGAACCCCGACCGCCCUGUGGAGGCCAUCGUGCUGGACCUAGAUGAAAACCCCAUGGAACGCAAACGCCUCUCCAAGAUAACUGACCUGGAGAAAUGGGAAAUUAAACAGAUGAUUGCAGCCAACGUACUUCCUAAAGAAGAGUUCCCGGAAUUUGAUGAAGAGACGGGGAUCCUUCCCAAAAUAGAUGAAGAUGAAGAUCAAGAGCUGGAGAUUGAUCUGGUGGAUGACGAACCCCCCUUCCUGAGGGGACAGACGAAAUGGAGCGCCAAUAUGAGCCCCGUGAGGAUAGUAAAGAAUCCCGACGGCUCCCUCUCACAGGCGGCCAUGAUGCAGAGUGCCCUGGCUAAGGAGAGGAGAGAGCUGAAGCAGUCGGCCCGCGCUGCAGAGCUGGACUCCAUCCCCACCGGCCUGCACAAGAACUGGGUCGACCCGAUGCCUGAUUGUAAGCAAUACGCAU